AUGGGAAAGUUUUACAAGAAGCGUGCUGGAACGUCUGGGAUCAGUGGCCACCUCUAUGAGACUAAGCUCAUUGCUUUAAUUCUAUACCGAUUGACGCAUGAUGACUGCAUUGAAGAUUUUUGUUUGGUUUCCAACAUGGACGAGAUAGGGGCCUUUGAUGACAUUUGUAUUAAAAUUAAAAUAAAAGGUUAUGAUCGUCCCGUUGCGAUAUUCAUACAAGUGAAACACAAAGAAAAUGAUGACAAGUUCCCCACGUUCGAUAAUAAAAAUGAAUCAGUUAAAUGGUUUGAAAGUCUUUCGAAAAUAAAAAAGAAAAUAACUGUAAACAGGAGCCAAGAUCAGUUUUUUAAUGCAGAUAUUGCUGAAUCGGAUUGUGUUUUCAUUCUGUACACAAAUGCAAGGUGCGACUUUGAUUCCAACACACCGUAUUUGAGUGAUUAUGAUAUUACUUUAAAUAAAUUGUUAGCAACCAGUAGCACAGUUGGUACUCUGCCGCUCUACAACGAACAACAUGUUGAAGCUUUUGGUGAAAUCAUUUUAAAAGAAGAUAUUAAUGUGCUGGUCGAACACUUUGCGAAGUAUUUAAAUGAUAAAACAAACCGGUCACUGAAUAUGAUGAACGACGAGUGUAUACACCAGUAUCAUGCCAUAUUGAAGUUCAAAGUUGUUGACAUCACUGAAAUACAAACAGAUGACCAGAAACCUGAUGUGAAAUGGCGUACUUUGACAUUUCGGGAUGAUUUCUUCGCAAAUAACGACAAAUAUAUAGUACUAUUCAGAGACCAAUUGUUUAAAGAAAUACUUAAAAACCAUCCAAAGAUAAGAAUGGAAGGUGUAUCAGAUAACAAACAGUCACAGGAUUUGUCUGCACAAGAAGCGUCUGUAGACGAUCUAAUAUCAUCGUUUUUAUCGAACCCAUCAGUUGCUUCAUUAACUCCUCUGAUUAUAACCCAAAUUGCAAGUAAUGGAAACGGCAAAUUAGAAUUCUUAUUUAAAAGACCAUUCCAUGAUAUAGAGCAACUGCGAUUGAUGAAUAUUCCUCAGGGCAUAAUAGACGAAGCGUUAAGCGCAGCCACUGCCACAGCAACGCGCUUUCUACGGUCACUUACACUGAAAGUUCCGAUCACUUUCGGUAAUGUAGACUUGGCGAUAAGUGGGAACCCCAAGAAAAUUGCGAAGAGGUUAAACUAUCUGACGUCUACCAUUGUGGAUCUAUGUAAACUAUAUGAACCAAAGGGAUCAUAUAAGGUUGUCAGAAUUGACGACACCAUAGAUGGAGGUAUAUUAAGCUCGAACGGAGGCUUAGCCAGCGCCGUCGGUAACAUACUGGCUUACGAUGAACAAACCGAGAUGCUUAGAUUUUCUAAAGAUUAUACACCGGCACAGAGUAACGCUAAAGAUUUGUUUAUUAAAUUGAGUAGAGAAAUAGAUAAUCUACAUGAAUAUAGAUUUGUCAUAAAAACUAUGAAGUUUCCCAAAGUUAAGUUUGACUGUAGAGAUGUUGCUAGGGGCUUUUUCAGAAAGUUUGUCAUCUUUGCAAAACAAAGCAACCAUUCAGAGGUUGAGGAAAUUUUGAAAAUAGAUAUAGAGAAACAGUUAAACAUGAGCUCACAUAAUUAUUCAAUUUCACCUGACUCAGUGUUCUUGUAUUACCAUAAUGAAAUCCAGAAAUGGUGGAUGUCACCGAAAACGGGCACUUAUCUGACAAAAGCGACCAAAUUAGAUCAAGAGGCAAUUAAUAAUAUAGUAAUGGAACCACAAAUUAGUGCAUUACAAAUUAUGUUUCACAUGAAUCAUUUAAAGUAUUUCGGUUACAGCUUUAAUGAAGAUGCAACCAAGUGGUUAGAACUAUCCACACUCCCCUCUAAAACAUGCGUAGCUACAGACACGGUUGCACUGACCACUGUAAAAGUGAUUCAAUGUCUAAGAAACUAUUAUUUGAUAAAUAAUUACGCGGUCUUAGAUUUAAAAUGCCUAUUCGAUUUGUCAACUGAUGUAUUUUCCUCAUUGGGUAAAGAAUUAAAAAAUACUAAAAAAACAAUAAUUAUUUUGUGGAAUACACUUCUCAAUAACAGUAUACAACAUAUUAGAUUGUAUGAACUUGUGCAGGCAACGCAACAGACACAGUUGUUUGUUGUCACAAACAGCCAAUUAAUUAAAAUUUUGUAUGAUUUUUUCCCAUGCACAAAUGUAUUACAUGAUCAAACACAAAGUUUGGCUGCGUUAACUCUGGAGUCACAGAGAGAACUUAUAAAGGACGCUAAAGUAUUAUUUCAGGGUCAAGAAGUUAGCUUAAGUUUAUUUGUGGAUGACGUGUCAAUGGAGUAUAUCAAAGGCGAAGUUUUGGAUAAAGUAAUACGGAAUGAAUUCAUAAUUAUAGGCACAUCGCUCAGUAAUACCAAAUACGAAGAAAUAAAACAUUUGUACAUCGAUCGAAGGAUCAGUGAAUUCAAUGAGGCUUCUGAUGACACUCAUCCUAAUAGCUACCUCGUGAGAACGUUUCAGGAUAUCGACGCUGAUGCAGUUCUUGUAACUGCUGUCCCAGGGAUGGGCAAGUCGACACUACUCACUCAUUUAUCACUAAACACAAAGGAACGUGAUAAACGUAUCUGGAUAGUCAGGAUAAACUUAUUGGAUCACUCGAAACAGUUUUACAAAUGGCAAGCGGAUAAAACUGUCCUAGAUAUUUUGGAAAUUUUGAAUUUUCUUUGCCGCGUUGUAACAAGAAGUAAUGAUGUGUCAAUUUAUUUAAAAGAUGAUAACGUCUAUUUAGAAAGGGCUAGUGGCGAUGAUUUGGCUCACUUUGAAUUAAACAUAUUUCUGCAUUUUUAUAAUGAGAGAAAAUUAAUAUUUUUAUUUGAUGGUUUUGAUGAAAUAUGUCCGCAUUACAAAAGUACCGUAAUUAACUUUCUGCAUAUUGUUAGAGAUCAUCCUCAAAAGAACAAAAUAUGGGUUGCCAGCCGCCCGUAUAGUGACAUAGUACCGGAUCUACAGAAAGUGUUAGGCAGAUGCUUUAAAAUAGAACAUUUAAGUAUCUCUGAGCAGGAGUCCUAUCUAGAUAGAGCCUGGCAAGAGAGGUUGAUAUUUGAGAAACUGAACGAUAUACAAGAGAAGAAUUUAAAAUCCUUCGUAAGUGACAUAUCACGAACAAUGUCUACCGGUAUUUACUACAUGGACACUCUACACAUUUGGAUUCGCAGAGUAUUUUUGCAUUUCUAUGAGUUUGCAUAUUCCCACAUCGGCUUCAAUGGCUUGUCACAGGAGACGCUUGUGAUGGCUAAAACAAACAGUGGCGUGACUGAAGACGUGGACGCGCUUGCCGGCACUCCGUUACUUCUUUAUUUCAUAGCAGAUUACAUCGUCAACGUUACUGACAAGUACGAACCUCGCGGUGACGGACAAGUAUAUAUUAAUAUACUCCAAAUAUAUGAAAUGUUUGUUGAAAAUAAAUUAAAAAAAGUUAUCUUUCAAGACAAAAACAAAAUGGAUAUUUACAAUCCAGACAUUAUUAUGAAAUUUGAAAAGGAACUCGCCGACUGCAUGUCAUUGCAUAAAAGAAUAGCAGCGAACGCUCUGUUAGACAAGACUGUGUACAGUGGCCCUAACGGUGAGGAAUUCAAAGAUUUGAACCCGUACUUUAAUGAUCUCGAUGAUGUAAUAAAUAAAAUGAAAGUGGGCGCGGAUAAGACAGGUCUCGUAUCUCACUUCACACUGGACAAUGUGCCGGUGUUUAUACACAGGACGUUCGCUGAAUACUUUGCGGCUGAGUACAUAUGUGACGUACUAAAAAAUGAGAACAUUAAGUUUGAAACGAAACGAAACUGGUUAAAUGCAGUGUCAGAGUGCUGCAGUGAAGAUGUGUUCAUCUGGGUACGGUUCAAAAGUAAAUUGGACAGGGAACUCACACAAAUCAUCAGAAACAUUGAUAACACAGAAUCAUUUAUUCUGUCACUUAUAUAA